GCCUGCAGGCUCUGUGCCUGUACUCCAGACUGUCGAAACAGAUUCAACUUGGGAAAAUCAAUUACCAAUCAAAAUCAGGGCAGGAUGAUGAGAAGUAAAACAAAUCUUAAAAACACUUCCCCUCCCUCCCUUUCCUUUCUGGGCUCUUCAUCCUCCCUCCCAUUGUCACAAGGAGACAGGGAAUGAGGGCCGUGGUCCGUUCAUCACAUCUUUUUCUGUCCCUGCUCAGGGAGAGGGGUUGUAGUCCUUCCCCUGCUCCGGUGUGGGGUCCCUCCCAUAGGAGCCAGUGCUCCAUGAAGUUCUCCUGUGUGAGUCUUUCCCAUGGGCUGCAAUUGAAUCUUUUAUCCCUGAGGUGUCACCACCCUCUCUGCUGGGCUCAGCCUUGGCCAGCUGUGGGUGCAUCCUGGAGCCGGCGGCGUUGUCUUUGUCGGCCAUGGGGAAAGUUCUGGCAACUUCUCACAGAAGCCACCCCAGCAGCCCCCUUGCUGCCAAAACCUGGCCAUGCAAACCCAACACACCUGACAACCGCCUUGGGUGAUGCAGGGCCUCGUGGUGCCCUUGGACAUUGUGACACGGCAGGGCCUCAUGACACCAAGGGGCUAUUGUGACACAGCAGGGCCACAUCCUCCCUGUGGGGUGUUUAAGGAGCCCCUCUGGGGUACCAACUCAAGCAGAACACCUUGCUGAGGAACUAGCAGCUUCCCAGCACACCUGUGGAAAAGGAGCCAUGGAGGAGCAGAACCCCAGUCCCCAGAGCCCCAAGGAGAGGCACCAGCUGAGAGAUGGAGGGAGAGGCCAACAGGAGGAUGGCACCAGGCGUAUCAGCACCCUGCCCAGGCAGCUGCCUCCAUCCCACACCUCUUCCUCCUCCCGCCCACAGCUGCAGCAGCCUCGGGGCAGCCAGGGCCGGUCCCUAAUUCGGCUGACACUGCCCCGCAGCUCCCAGGGCCGGUCCCUAACCCGGCUGACAUCGCCCCGCAGCUCCCAGGGCCGGUCCCUAACUCGGCUGACACUGCCCCGCAGCUCCCAGGGCCGAUCCCUAACCCGGCUGACACUGCCCCGCAGCUCCCAGGGCCGGUCCCUGACCCGGCUGACACUGCCCCGCAGCUCCCAGGGCCGCCAGGCCUGGUCUGUGCCCCGGCUGACAUCGUCCCGCAGCACCCUGGGCUCGGGGGGUACCGAGAGCCGUCUCAGCCUGGACGAGGGGUGCCGGGAGCAAGGCUCGCAGGGACGCAAGUCGCGCCCUGGUGGCUCCGUGCAGCCGGCCAUCCUGGCCAGCAGAGCCGCGGCCCGUGGCCAGCACCGGCCCGCGAGAAGCCGCCGGGCCGGCAGCGGCCCGGUGAGGCCAGAACCGGUGAGGCCAAGCACAGAGGGCCGGACGAGGCUUUCCCUGCCCACAGCCCUGCAGGCCCAGCAGCUCCGGCACUCCUGUCCCAACAGCUGCUGCUGGGGGAAACCAGUGACCUCUACAGAUCCCCAACUCUCCUUCCAGGCCUCCGUGAGGAAACCGGUUCCUGACCCCCCGAGAAAGGCCUCUCAGCGUGUGGAUCAGGACACCCAAACUGAGACCUGGGCACGAGAGGCGGAUUCAGCUGUUCAAUAUGCUGAGCAGGAGACACAGACAGAUACUGUGGCAGAAGAGGAGAAAAAUUCAGCUGCUCCCCUCACGGUUGACCAGGAGACAGAAACUGAGACUCCAAUACAAGAGAAGAGUUCAGCUUCUCCGCAAAUCACUGACGAGUGGACGCAGACCAAGGCCCACAGCUCUGCCCCCUCCACAGGCACUGAGGCCCUGGCUGACCAGCAGCCGCCCUCCCCGUCCUGCAGAGCAUUCUGGCGCUCCUGCACGGCCGGACAGCCUCAUGCUGCCAGCGUCCUGCGGGAUCCCAGGGACAGCCGCUGCUCCAGGCAGCCACUACGGCCUGAGCACAGCACACCAGAGAAGUGGGGAUGGACGGCACUGCCGCCCUACUCUUGGCCAUGGCUCAUUGAGAUGAACCGGUUUUAAUAAAACAUUUAAUUUCUCUAAUCGUGCCCACCUUUGCCUGGUCUAUCGGGAGAAAGUCGGCUGCAGGUGAGGCCUGGGCAGAGCAGAGGAGCCCCUGAGCUCCUCCAGCCAAGCAGAGCCCGUGCCCUUGGCCUCUGCCAGGCUUCAGGUGCUCCAGCUCCUCUGGUUGAGAUCCUUAGGCUGGUGCUGGUAGCGAGCCCCCAGCUGAGCCCUGUCAGCUCUCUCCCACCCAUCUGCUUCCAAGUGAAUA